CCUCCCCCCACACUUAAAAAACAAACACUAGAUUCUAAAUAAAGAAUUCACGUGAUUAACAUUUGUAUCUCCAGAGACCGCAAAGAAUGCUUUGGGAGUAUUGUUUGACACUGUUACUGACUAGCUACAUCAGCAUCAGUUGUGCAUAUGAAAAGGUGCAGCGUUAUGAGCCAAACUGGCAGUCACUAGAUGCAAGACCUCUACCUCAAUGGUUUGAUGAAGCAAAAAUCGGCAUCUUCUUGCACUGGGGUGUCUUCUCUGUGCCCAGUUAUGUGGGUGCCUGGUUCUGGUGGUAUUGGAAGGGAACUAGCCCUGAAGCAGACGUGGUUGAUUUUAUGAAGCAGAACUACCCUCCAAGCUUUACCUAUGCCGAUUUUGCACCUCAGUUCACAGCCGAGUUUUAUAAUCCUGACCAGUGGGCAGAUAUUUUUAAAGCAUCAGGAGCACAAUAUAUUGUGCUUACAACUAAGCAUCAUGAGGGCUUCUGUCUCUGGCCAUCAAAGUAUUCCUGGAACUGGAAUGCAAUGGAUGUAGGACCUAAGAGAGAUCUUGUUGGUGAUCUAGCUACAGCUGUGCGUCAGAAAGGUCUGCGGUUUGGUGCUUACCAUUCAUUGUUUGAAUUUUUUCAUCCACUAUUCUUGCAAGACAAGAAAAACAAUUUUACAACUCAAGAUUUUAUUAGGACAAAGACAAUGCCAGAGCUGUAUGAACUGGUCAAUGCCUACAAACCUGACGUCAUCUGGUCAGAUGGUGAUUGGGAUGCUGUAGAUACUUAUUGGAAUUCAACCAAUUUCCUUGCCUGGCUUUAUAAUGACAGCCCAGUGAAAGACUCAGUAGUGACAAAUGAUAGGUGGGGCUCUAAUACUUGGUGUAAGCAUGGUGGCUACUUUAGCUGUGAUGACAGAUACAAUCCAAAAGUGAAACAAGCCCACAAAUUUGAAGACCCUAUGACUAUAGAUAAGUAUGCUUGGGAGUAUAGACGCAACUUAAAACUGGAUGAUCUUCUUACUAUGGAAGAACUGCUUACAAUAAUGGCUGAAGUUGUCAGUUGUGGAGGUAAUUUGCUUGUCAAUGUGGGGCCCACUAAAGAAGGAACAAUUGUACCUAUUUUUGAAGAGAAAUUAAGACAGAUGGGGGAGUGGCUGGGAGUCAAUGGUGAAGCAAUCUAUGCUACUAGACCUUGGAGUCAUCAGAAUGAUUCUGUGAAUGCUAAUGUGUGGUAUACUUCAAAGAAGACAGAAAAUGGCACCAAUGUUUAUGCCAUUGUCCUGAAGUGGCCAACUGGACCUAACCUAAUAUUAGGCGAUGCGAGACCUUCACAAGAUACUGUUGUGACACUGCUGGGAUAUCAAGGUGUUUUCAAGUGGCAUGGAGUGGCUUCCGGCAUGCUGGUUAGUUUACCACCAAUCUCAAUCAAUGACAUGCCUUGCAAGUGGGCAUGGGUAUUCAAACUCACAAACUUAAUUAAUUAGUCUGAUUACAUUUAAUGGAUAAUGAUUGUAAAUUAAAUGAACUGUAUCAAAUGUGAAAAAUGUAUUUUUUACAAGCUUGCCACUCUUUGACCUUGAUUUGCUAAAAGAAUGAUUAAGUAUGCAUUUUGCUUUUACAGAUAUGAGCAAUUUAAAAUUGUAAUUGUUUGUGUGAAUGAUUUAUAUUUUUAAAUACAUAUGAUAAAGAAUUACCUUCACGUGUUCUCUUGCCAGAAUUUAUGUCAUUGAUUAACAUGCAUCACUAGAUUGACCUUGGAACACAUGUAGGACGUAAUCAUCUUUUUUAUAGUGACGUCUGCAUUUCAUUAGACUCGGAGAAAAAAAAAGACCAUUCCUAUAGCAAAUGAGAUAGCUUAUACUGAUUACAUUUAUGAUUAUUGACAUUGGCGUUUAAAUUUUCCUUCAUUUCAUUCCAUCUCAGAACACAUUCCUGUUUGUUUUCAAAAAUUUGUAUUGUAAGUGCUUUUUUUUUUUUAUUUCUGCAUACAAAUGAAAAUCAUAUUCAUUUCUUUUUGAGUAUUUAUAUCAAAGACCUUUUGAGUCACUUACAUUGACAUUCACUUAUUUGUUUUGAUGUUCUCCCUGUUUAGCCUCAUUUGGAUUUAAACACAUAUGUAUAACAUUUUAGGCAGCUGUAGGAUUUAAAACCCUAGUAAAAAGAGAAAGGGACAUAAAACCUUUCAGUUUAAACACUUGAAAAAAUCUGUAUUUCUAUGAUCAAUACUCAUAAUUUGUAAAUUCCACUAAGACUUCAACAAUUUUUUUAACAAAUAUAGUAAACAAAAUGCACUUGUAUUUUGUCUAAACUAAAUAAAAGUGUGGAGCUCAGAAGUGACUGUCUCAAAAAGCAAUUAAUUUUAUUUAUUUUAUACAUGCAAUUUGUUUUCUCUUCUAUAGAACAGAUAAAAGUGUUUUCUUAAAUUUGUUGUGUAUUUUUAAAAUUAAAAUUCUGUUAUUUUCAUCCUUCAGUAUAUCCAUUAUUUUCUACUGCAAUUGGAUGCAGUCUUUGCGGUAAAACCAAACAGUGAUUGAAAUUUUUUCAUUAACCCAAUAACUCCUAUUUCCGGUCUGAAAAAUCCUCUAAGCAAAGAAUAAAUUAAAUAAAUAGAAUGAAUAAAAAAAUUCUUUAAAAAAAAAAUAAUUUAAGAACUUGUAAAAUAAAUAAAUAUACAACUUUUGCCUAAUAAAAAAAAACACUUUCGAUAUUUUUGGAAAAGCUUGAAAAAUACUGGUACUCUUUUUCUCGGAUGAGGGAGGCUUAUACACUGGGUCUGUGGGCAUGUUUGUUCUAAAAAUUCUUUAAAAAAAUAAUACAAAUUCAAUACACAUCCAGUAUUCACUAAAAAAAAAGUUACCAUGCUCUCUUUCUUGCUUUAAACGAGACAUGAUGAGCUCUUCUUAUAGGAAAGUUUAAAAAAUGCUCCAGACUGUGUUAUGCAUAUAAUGUCAAAAAGUUCUGAACUGCAGUAGGAGCUAAUGGGUUAAGUGCACUUGACCAAGGUAACAUUCACUUUUUUUUUUUUUUUUUUUUGAAAACCUAUUGUGUCUACAUUUUUUUUUAUUAGAAAAAAAUUAGACACAUUCUUUGCAUGGUAAAAUGUAAUCUUUCCUGGCUCUCAUUCAAAUGUAGAUUUUGUACCUUAAGUAUGGAAUAAUGAACUUUUGCUGUUUUUCUUUUCCAUUUUGCCAUCUAAAUAGCAAGAUUGCAAGGUUACACUACAUGUGUAGCAAAAGGUAAAAUGCUCAAACACAUAGUGUGCCAUUGGUUUUUGUGUGUUGUUGAAAUUGCUGAUUUUUAUUUAUAUAUUUUGAACUUGUCAUGAUUUUUGUAUAAAUAAUGUACUAAUUAAAGUCUGUUGUAGCAUAAUGUAAACAUUUGGUCAGAAUAGUUAAUUAACACUAUUAUCUUCAGUGGUGUUGCAUAUUACAAAUGUUUUUUUUUUUUUUUUAACAUUUUUGCUGUGAUUAGUAAUUUUAAAAGCUAGAAUACUUAUUUGUAUGUAACAAAACAAUUUUGUUUUAAUAAAUAAAAAACUAAAAGGCUUAA